AUGGAGGACUUUCAAAUGCCUGAGGACCUGGGCAACCUGUCGUCCUUGCAGGUCGAGAAAGCGGGUCGGUUCUGCGCCUCGCCGGACCUCCCAAGCUUGGCAGACGAGACUCCGGACCGGCUGAACGACCUCUUGGAUAGCUUGCGCGCGAGGCUCACCGAAGGCGACGCCGACGCACUGUCGGAGCAGGAGAACUUCGACGACUUGUUUUCGCUAGUCCGGGACUUCAAGCACCUGCGCAGCGAGAUCAAGGGGAGAGUUUUGAGUGUCCUUCACGACACGGUGGAGAGAACCGUGUCCGCGUUGGAAAAGAGAGGCCGCAGGGGUAACGGGAGGAACGGCGGGCGCGGGUGGGGAUCUAUUGAGGGAGACGGGGGCGAGGGCAGCCGCCAGCAGCAGCAGCAGCAGCAGCAGCACGGACAAGCCGAACUGCCGCUGCGAAACGCUUUCAAGAUGUCUGUGUACCUGCUGUACUCCGCGGCCUUCCCGUCGGAAGAGUGCUACUCGAGCGCCAAGCAGACGGCGGGCCUGACCAAACAGCCCGCCAAGGGAAAAGGCAGCCGCGGCGGCGGCGGCGGAGGGAGCAGGAAAUCUUCGCCCGACAGCGGCGCGUUCAAGUGGGAGAACGCGCGGCAGGCCGUGCUGGAGAGCAUGCGGCUCGCGCUGACGGUGGACUCGUCCCGCCUGUGGCGGCAGGGCAUCCCGGACCGCUCCUUCAUGAGCCUGUUCCUCCGCCUCUCCUGCAAGAUGCUGGAGCUGCCGGAGACGUCCAGGGGCGGCUCCCGGCAGGCGGAGCUCGCGUCGCAGCUCAUCGCGAAGCCGUUCCACCUGGCGCAGGGCAUGGAGACGGAGGUGACCGCGGCGGUGUUCCUGCUGGUGAGGGAGUGCAAGCACCUCGCCGAGUUCGUGGCCAGGCUGUGCUGGCGCCUCGUGGAGAGGCACGGCGACUCGCGACUAGGGGCGGAGCUAGCGCGGGAGGUUGGGCGCAUGGAGAUGCCCGACAUCAACAGCAAAAACACGGCCGCCGCGGCUCCGGUGAUCAACGUCUCCGAGUUCCUCCACAAGCUGGUGGAGGUCCUGCCGGGCACCGUGCACGCCCACGCGAGCGUGCUGCUCCCUCACCUCAGCAGCCGGCCUUACCAGAUUCGCCAGGCGGUUGUCUUAAGCCUCGCCGAGGUAGUUACCGCCGCCCACGAGGAUAAGGCGGCGUCGGAGGGUGGCGCGGACGGAGGGGCGGCGGCCGAGGGCGCCGCGGCGGCCGGUGGCGGCGGCAACGGGGGAGAGGAUGAGAGCCAGGUGCAGGCAGACCCUCGGCGUGUCCGCAUGAAAGACCGCAACCGGGAUGCCCUCCUCGACCAGCUGGUCGAGCGCGCUCUCGACGUUUCGCCCUACGUGCGGGUUGCGGUGCUUCGAUCCUGGGGGAGGAUCGCUGAGCGCGGGGCUCUCCCUCGCAAGCGGUUCCUCAUCGCGGCUCGUCUCGGGAGGGAUCGCCUGCGCGACCAGAGCUCGUUGGUCCGAAAGGAAGCCGUCAAGCUCCUGUCAACGCUCCUCGAGUAUAACCCCUACAACAGCACCCUGGACCUCAAGAUCAACCAGGCCAGGUGGAAGCAAGCGGAGACCGAGCUUCGUGCCAUGAGUCCCGCCCAGAGCGAGGGCGCCGAGGGCGCCGAGGGCGAGGGAGACAAGCAGCCGGAGGCCGACCAAGCAGGGUCCGACGGUGAUGGUGAGAGCGACGCCCGGAGCGAUGAGGAGGGCGAUAACGACCUCGAGGAGGAGGAAGAGGAGGGUAAGGUGGGUUUGGAGAACGAGGACGAAGCCGGGGGUGAAGGGGAAGAGGAAGAGGAAGGGGCAAAGGAGCAGAAGGAGGCGGAGGACGGGGUUGAUGGCAACGACGGUGGAGAACAGGACGGCGGCGAGGAGUUGACGAAGGAGCAGGUGGAAGUCGCCAUGAAGGCGGCCCAGUGCCACCACCUGAGGGCAGGGGUGCUGUUCAUCGAGGAGUUUCAAUCGGCGGGUUCUACCCUCGAGGGUCUUCUCGGCAGCACGACAGUCACCGACGUGGUGGAGACGCUCAGAUACUUCGUUACGGCCUGCCACUUCCAGCUCCCCGGCGCUCUCGAGGCUAUCAAGAAGUCCCUCACGCUCGUCUGGCGCACGGAGCCUGCGAUCGAGACCGCUAUCAAGAACGCCUUUGUGCAGGUGUUUGUCCAACCCGAAUCAAACGACGGGGAGGAUGAUUCGCCCCCGCCCGCCGGGGGCGCGAACGCGGCGCAGUUCGUCGCCAAGAACCUGGUGAACCUGGUAAACGAGAGCAAGGCCGGCGAGCUGGCCAGCCUGGAAGAGGUGGUGGCCUCCCUGGUGAAGGACAGCCUGGCCGCUUUGAAAGAGAAUAGGACCGCGGUGCUCGACCCGGAGAUCUUCGAGCAGCUGUGGUGCGCGGUGGGGCGGAAGGACCAGCCGCCCAAGGCUCGCGCGGGCGCGCUUCACGCCAUCGCCAUGGGUUCCUCCGCCAACCCUACCCUCGUGAACGACCUCUCGAGGCUGGAGGUGAUCCGCGAGACUGCCCUCGGCCGCGCCACGAUGGAGUCGCGGGACUGGCGCACGGUGCGGUGUGCUUGCAUCGCUCUGCUGAGGUGUGACCCCGGCGUGGUCCUCAAGAGCAAGGAGGUGGACUUGAUCCUGCCCAGGCUCAUCUACUUCUUGCAGGGGAAGUGGUGCGUCGCGGUGACGGGAGAAACGAGCGACGAGGAGCGCGCUGCGGCCGACGCGGAGAUGAAGAGCUGGUUCGCCGCUGCAGAGCAGGCCAUCGCUGUCUUGUUCCAUCUCAACCGUGCCCCCGAGGCUCUGGGAGCGGCCGUUGUCCGCCGCAUCGCCGCGGAUACCCUGUCCUCGGAUUCGGCGUCGCCCCAUGCGCUCGCCAGGCUGUGCUUCGUGCUGGGACACCUCGCGCUGAAGCUUCUCGUCUACUCGGAGGAUCUCGCGGGCAACCUGGAGAGGGCGAGGGCUAAGGUCAAGCCCCCGACGAAGGAGAAGGGCGGUGGUGGUGACUCGAGCGACGAUGACGACGCCACCGCCCAAGAGCUGGGCCUGAACGCCGAGGCGUCGGCCGAGGACGAGCAGCGCCUUACCGAGCUCGUGGAGAAGGAGAUCGUUGGGCGCAACCUACUCGGAGCGUUCGGCCCGUUGCUCGUGCGGCUCGUGGCCGACGAGGGCGGUUGCUUCGGGCACCCGCUCGUCCGGGAGUCGUCCGUGCUGGCCCUGAGCAAGUUCAUGUGCAUCAGCGAGGCCUUCUGCGAGCGGAACCUCAGCCUCCUGUUCACCACGCUGGAGAGGUCCAAUGACACGGCGGUGCGGGCAAACAUCAUCGUGGCGCUCGGAGACCUUGCUUUCCGAUUCCCCAACGCUCUCGAGCCAUGGAACCCUCACAUCUACAACCGGCUCAAGGACGACAGCCCGGGCGUGCGCGCUAACGCCAUCAUGGUCCUGACCCACCUUAUCCUCAACGACAUGGUGAAGGUAAAGGGACAAGUCAGCGCGCUGGCCGUGUGUAUGGUGGACGAGGAACCGAGGAUCCAAGACGCGGCCAAGGUUUUCUUCAACAAGUACUCCGAGCGUGGAACCAACCCCGUGUACAACGUCCUGCCCGACAUCGUAGGCCGCCUCAGCCUCGACGAGACGCUAGACCCUCACGAGUACCAAGAGAUUAUGGACUUCUUGAUGCAGUACGUGAAGAAGGACAAGCUCACGGAGCUCCUCGCCGAGAAGCUGUGCGCCCGGCUGGCCGCAAGUGAGACGGACCGUCAGGCCCGCGCCGUGUCGUACUGCCUCGGGCAACUCAAGGUGACCGAGAAGGCGGUGAGCCGACUGGCGGAGCUGGUGCCCACGUACAAGGAGAAGCUGCAGGACGACGAGGUGUUCAACAACUUCAAGACGGUGGUGUUGAGGACCAAGAGCUUCGCGACCCUCGAGAUGAAGGAAGCGGUCGCCGAGUGGGAAGCGCAGCUCCGCAAGUACCACGAGGGCGGGGCCGAGGACGAGGACGCCGCGGCGCGGGCAGCACGCGCCGCCGGACGCAAGCGGUCCCGUGGCGGCAAGCGUUCGUCGGUUGCAUCUUCAUCGAGCGGUGGCGGCGGCGGCGGCAGUCGUACGGGAGGGCGAAGGAAGGAAGCGGCGUCUGACUCCGAGGGUCCCAUCGAAGGGACCGAGACCGAGUCGAACACAAAGGCAACAACACAAGCCGGCUCUACCCGUCGCAAGGGAAAGAAGAAGGCGGCACCGGUCCUCAGUAGUGACUUGGAGUCGGACGAUGAGGAGGUAUUCGAAGGUGACGACGGGAACACCUCGGCGGAGGAGGGUGAUGACGACCACGAAGAGGAAGAGGAAGAGAACGAGGUCGACGAGCAAAGCCGGGCCAAGAAGGCGAGCGUUCGCGAUCGAGGCAAGGCUAAGGGGACCCGCGGAAGAGGAGUGGCGGCAGUAAAGGAGGAGCAAGAGGAAGAGGAAGAGGAAGCCACAUGGGGGAGCGAGGAGGAAGUUUUCGAGAAGAAACCACCCAAGCGAGGAGUCUCGAAGAAGGGCGACAAGAGCCGCGCCAGCAAGGAGAAUCGCGCGGAGGGCGGCAAGGCCAGUGGUCGGGGGUCGAGAAGGUCGAGGAACGCCAGCCCUCUAACCUCCAAGAACUGA